AUUACGUCGAUUAAUUUAAAUACGGAAAAUAUUGUGAUUAUGGCGAAAAUUGAAAAGGUCUCCACGGAGAAGCAUGAGGGCGAUGCUACUUGCGUGGCUUACUACAAUAAUCAAGUGUUUUCGGGCGGUGCCGAUGGUAAAAUCAAAAUUUGGGAUAAUGAUCUAAAUCUAAUUAAAACAGUGGACGCACACGAGGCGUAUAUUUAUGCCAUAGCAAUAAAUAGUAAUGGCAAAGUCUACUCGAGUAGCUGUGAUGGAUCUGUGAAAUUCAUGCUCCCACCCUACGACAAUGAAAACGUGCAGGAGCUGUUUUGUUGUGAAGACGCAAUACAGUCGAUGUACUGCGACGGUGAAACCUUGUACACGGGCGAUGAUAAGGGUGUCGUUACAAAUUGGAUAAAGGACAAAAUGGUUUUUAAAUAUAAUUUAGUUGAAGAAGUUAAAUCAUUAGCGGCGGAGCAAUCAUUGAUAUACACAGUGCGUGAUUUGGAUGUGGUUGUAUCGGAAAUGAACUCAACGAAAUCGGGUAAAUAUAGUAACAAAGCAGUAUUUCCUGGAAAAUCACCUUUGACAUUUGCCGGACCUCUUGUGGACAAAAAGCGUACUUUCCUAGCUUUCGCAGAUCGUACUGGUAUGGGAAUAGUGUUAGUGAAAAAUUUGCCACGUCUCCGUUUUGAAAAUGUAUGGAAACUGCCGAAUUGUCAUGAGAUGAUUGUGAAUUCCAUAUGCGCUGAUGAGAAAUUUCUCUAUUCCGGCGGUUACGAUAAUAAAGUUAAAGGCUUAACUGAUUUAGAUUCAACUAGACCAAAAGAUAUUGGCGAAGUGGACGUUGGUAGUUGUGUGAAUUUCUUAUGUUGUGGAUCGAAUAAUAAUGUUUUUAUUGCUACAAGUGAUGGGCUCAUACGAAGAGCGAAAUUCGUUUAACAGAUUACUUAAGAAUUAUUUAUAACUGAAAAAGUACAUUGUAGAUUAAAAAUUUAUAUUAUACAAAAAUAUUACUAUCUUUUCUGUUUAUGUCUUUUCUAAAGAAAAUCUUAGUAAUUCUGUUUAUAGUGCGUAUAAGAUUGUCAAAAUAUGUAUAUACAUAAUUCUGAUAAUUACAGGUAGUCUAUGCCAGAAAUAC